CCUGUUCCUGCAAUUUCCCUUCAAUUUGAUCGAAGAUGGAGGAAGUCGAUCACCUGGCUCAUGAAAGAAGCAUGGCUCAGUUCGACGUUGAAACUAUGAAGAUCGUCUGGGCUGGUUCUCAGCAUGCAUUCGAAGUCUCUGACAGGAUUUCUCGUCUUGUUGCUAGCGAUCCUGUUUUUCGCAAGGAUGACAGAACUAUGCUAAGUCGGAAAGAUUUAUUUAAAAACACUCUGAGGAAGUCGGCUCAUGCAUGGAAACGGAUCAUUGAGCUCCGUCUUACUGAUGAAGAGGCAUCCAGGGUCCGGUUUUUUAUAGAUGAACCUGGUUUUAUGGAUCUACACUGGGGCAUGUUUAUACCUGCUAUAAAAGGUCAGGGCACUGAGGAGCAGCAGAAGAAGUGGUUACCCUUGGCUUAUAAGAUGCAGAUAAUUGGCUGCUAUGCGCAAACAGAACUUGGUCAUGGCUCCAACGUUCAAGGACUUGAAACCACUGCAACAUUUGACCCCAAAACUGAUGAGUUUAUCAUUCACAGUCCGACCUUAACUUCAAGCAAAUGGUGGCCUGGUGGACUUGGUAAAGUUUCGACACAUGCAAUGGUAUAUGCUCGUCUCAUGACGGAUGGCCAGGACCAUGGUGUGCAUGGUUUCAUUGUACAAAUUCGAAGCUUAGAUGACCACUCACCUCUUCCUGGUAUCACCAUUGGUGAUAUUGGGAUGAAGUUUGGAAAUGGAGCAUACAACAGUAUGGAUAAUGGUGUCUUAAGGUUUGACCGUGUGCGCAUCCAUAGGGAUCACAUGAUGAUGAGGGUUUCUCAGGUUACAAGAGAAGGAAAAUUUAUGCAGUCUGAUGUUCCCCGGCAGCUAGUUUAUGGUACUAUGGUAUAUGUACGCCAAACAAUUGUGUCCGAUGCUUCCAGUGCUUUAUCACGAGCAGUUUGUAUUGCGACGAGGUAUAGUGCUGUCCGAAGACAAUUUGGUUCUCAAGAUGGUGAACCUGAGACCCAGGUCAUUGACUACAAGACUCAGCAGAACAGACUCUUUCCUCUAUUAGCUUCUGCCUAUGCAUUCAGGUUUGUUGGUGAGUGGUUGAAGUGGCUGUAUACUGAUGUGACCCAGAGAUUGGAAGCCAAUGAUUUCUCUACUUUGCCUGAGGCUCAUGCAUGCACUGCUGGUUUGAAGUCUCUGACUACUACUGCAACUGCUGAUGGAAUUGAAGAAUGUCGUAAACUGUGUGGUGGCCAUGGUUACCUAUGUAGCAGUGGGCUCCCUGAGUUAUUUGCUGUUUAUAUUCCUGCCUGCACGUAUGAAGGAGACAACAUUGUUCUACUUUUACAGGUUGCACGGUUUCUUAUGAAGACUGUCGCUCAGCUGGGGUCUGGGAAAAAGCCUGUAGGUACAACAUCUUACAUGGGACAGGUGGAGCAGCUUAUGCAGUGCCAGUGUGAUGUUCAAAGAGCCGAGGAUUGGUUGAAGCCUAGUGUAAUAUUAAAUGCGUUUCAAGCAAGGGCUGCUAGGAUGUCUGUUGCCUGUGCUCAAAAUCUAAGCAAGUUUUCAAGCCCAGAAGAAGGUGUUGCAGAACUCUCUGCUGACUUGGCAGAGGCAGCUGUUGCUCACUGUCAAUUAAUUGUUGUAACGAAAUUCAUCGAGAAGUUGCAACAAGACAUACCUGGAAUGGGUGUGAAGGAACAACUGGAAGCACUGUGCAACAUUUAUGCCCUUUCACUGAUUCACAAGUACCAGGGUGAUUUCCUUGCGAAUGGGUGCAUCACUUCCAAGCAAGCCUCUCUUGUAAGCGUGCAGCUUAGAUCUUUGUACUCCCAGGUUCGUCCAAAUGCCAUUGCUCUGGUUGAUGCAUUUAACUAUACUGAUCAUUUCCUUGGCUCUGUUCUUGGCCGUUAUGAUGGAAAUGUAUAUCCUAAGCUCUAUGAAGAAGCUUGGAAAGAUCCGCUCAAUGACUCUGUAGUUCCAGAUGGCUAUCAUGAGUACAUUAAGCCCAUGCUGAAGCAACAACUCCGGACAGCAAGACUAUAAUGAUCAAAUUAUGUUCUUUAUGGCUCUAGUUAUAUUAUCAAUUGCUGC